CUCUGCGACUCUAACCACCAGGAGGGGGAUUUCCGUGAGUUCUCCCACACAGAGGAAGUACUCCCCACCCGACCCCCAAUCCAUGUAACCCCUCCGGAUCCCACAGCAGGAUCAAAGCCAACAUUUCUCGUCUCCGUUUGCCGGAAUCAGAUCAGGAAGAGGUGAAUCUGAUCUAAGGCUGCAGACGCUUCAGAAUGAUGAUGAAAACCAUCCUACUGCUGCUCCUCAGCAUCCCCCAGGGAGUUGCCUACUCAUGGUGGAAGGUCCAAACACCACAGAUCAUCAUAGCCUCAGAUGGUUCCUGUGUGCAGAUCCCCUGCACCUUCUCUCAUCCCGCAAACUAUCCACUCGCUGAGGUGAAGUGGUUGAAGGACAACAAGACUCAUGGGACCCUUGUCAUCGAUUCCAAAAAGCAAUCGGACCCUCAGUUCCACCAGAGAGCUAAACUCUACCCACAGUGGGAAGCCCAGAAAGACUGCACGUUAACUAUUACUGAUGUGACCAAUAGGGAUGCGGGCCGGUACUACUUCCGAAUGCAGAACAACAAUCGUGAGAAGUUUUCCGGACCGGAUGGAGUCCUGGUAAAUGUAUCAGAUGUGUCAAACUUGUCAAUUAUUUCCGCACCUGAGGAGAUCAUCGAGGGAAUGGAGGUGACAUUAACUUGCUCUGUGAAAUACGGCUGCCCAGGUCACCUGACAUGGACAGGUUCAGACAGAUUAGCUGAACAAACUUCAACAGAACCUCAGCGCAGGGACCAGAACGUCGCGACAACCAGCCUCACUCUGAGCUUUGUCGCUUCCUACCGGGACCACGGCAGGACACUGAGUUGUGAGCAAAGGUCCUCACUGGGAAAAUCUCUGUCCCAAACUAUCACCUUAAACGUGAAGUAUGCUCCCAGGUUUGCUCACCUCACCCUCUCUCCCUUCAAGACCAUCGGUUUCCGUGAGUCUGUGACAUUGGAGUGUGUAGUCGGGGACAGUAACCCUCCAGUAACAAGCUACAGAUGGUAUCAGUCAAGUGGUGCAAAUUCCAAGAUUGAGGAAACAUCAAGUGGAACAUAUCGGCUCUACUAUGCUGAUAGAGACACGGAGUACGGAUGUGAAGCCAUCCACUCAAUAGAAAAAGCCACCUCUGAGAGAACUAAACUGCCGGUGUAUGGGAGUUAUAGCUGGGCAGUGUGGACCCCCCUCUCACUCCAUGCCCGGGAAGGGUCUUGUGUGAUAAUUCCCUGCCUGUUCCACAUUCCUGCAACCGAAAGGAGAUACACAAUGGCCACUGGGAUCUGGUUCAAAGACUUCAAUUACAAAGGGACUCCAGUGUAUCACACCUCCUCUGGAAUCGGUGGUAAUUAUACAGGACGGGUCGAGUUCCUGGGACACAUACAGAGUGAAAACUGUUCAUUGAAGAUCAGGAAUUUAAAAGAAUCCGAUGGUGGGAAGUAUUAUUUCCGGAUUGAAGCAUCGGCAGAUAAAUGGUCAGAUCCAAUCGGGUUCACACUCCUGAUAUCUAGGAGUCUGGAGAAACCGGUGAUCAAGGUACCUGAGCGUGUGGUGGAGGGAGAAGCCGUAUCUCUGACCUGCUCUGUUCACACUUACUGCCCUGAGGACAAUCCUGUGGUUGAGUGGCACCUCCCUGGUUUCAACAUUCCUCAGCUGACUGGGAAAGUAUCCCAAGUUUUCCAGGAUUACCACUGGAUUUAUUCCCACACUGUGGUGUACACACCAAUGCUCGAGAAUUCCCACCAGUCAGUGAAGUGUGUGGCCAACUUUGGACCCCAAACACUGUCACGAGAAACAGAGAUCUCACUGGAUGUGAAGAAUCCUCCUCGAAAUGUCACCAUCUCACUGUCAGUAAACUGGCGAACAGACACUCAGAAUAUUAAGGAAGGGGAUAGAGUUGUCCUCAAUUGUAACUCUGCCCCAGCUCGCCCGGCAGUCAAUGAGUACACCUGGUACAGAGAUGGAACUGAACUCUGGGGACAGAGGAGUGGCAGCCUCCAGUUUUCACCAAUAUCUCACACCGAUUACGGGACGUAUGUCUGUCAGGCUUCCAAUGAAGUGGGGAACAGCAGGUCAGCGGAAUUCACAGUGACGGGCAAGACUCGACCUCUGGGCGUUCGCAUUGAGUACCACGUCAAUGGCAUACAGACCAGACAGACCAGACCAGUUAUGAGAGAGAAUGAUCAGCUGACUCUGACCUGUGUCAGCACCAAGAGUGACCCACCGGUCUCCCAUUACUCCUGGUUACAAAAUGGCCAGAUUGAGAAGAGCCAAAAUCAGGAACUGCAGUUUGACAGGAUUAACCGAGAAGAGGACGGCAAGAGAUAUCAAUGUCAGGCUCAUAAUGAGAUUGGAACAACAAGCUCAGAGACCAUUACCAUCCACGUACAGUAUGCUCCCACCAACGUGAGAAUCACAUCUCCCACUGCUGCUCCUGUUGGUCAGUCCAUCACACUGUGGUGUGAAUCUGAUGCCAACCCAGCACCGUACAACUACAGCUGGAGGAAGGUGUGUGGCUCUUCAUCAGUUAAUCUGCAAUGUUAUUCUCAGAAUUGUAGACUGUGGAUUACACGGGUGGACAUCUCCUGUGAUUAUUACUGCACUGUGAGGAAUUCCAUCGGUGAAAGGGAAUCUCCACCCAAACGCAUCAAUGUACAGUACGCUCCCACCAAUGUGCACAUCACAUCUCCCGAUGCUGCUCCUGUUGGUCAGUACAUCACACUGUCGUGUGAAUCUGAAGCCAACCCAGCAGCGAACUAUUUCAGCUGGAGGAAGGUGUGUGGCUCCCAGUCAAGAAAUCUGUGGAGAAAUAAUGGAAAAUACGGACUGAAUCUUCAAAUGGAGGACGCCUCCUGUGACUAUCACUGCUCCGCGAGGAAUUCCAUCGGUGAACAGGAGUCUCCAGGAAAGCGCAUCGAUGUUCAGUAUAAACCCGAAGAUGUGAAAAUCCUGUCCAGUGACCCUGUGGUCGAAGGAUCACAGGUUACGUUACGAUGUGAGAGUGUCGGGAAUCCACCUGCAGACACCUACCAGUGGAAGAAGGUGUGUUCUGGGAUGGAGAUGAGACUCGAAGGAUCCACGCAUGAGCUUCAGAUCCGGGUCUCAGCCGAGGAUGAGUCCUGUGCCUAUUACUGCAGAGCUGGGAAUGUGAUUGGAGAUCAGGAUUCUGAACCCAAACGCUUUAAAGUUCAGUCUCAGGGACGGCUAUCCAAGGCAUCAGUUAUUUCAAUGGCUUUGAAAGGGGCUCUGUUUCUUUUCACCUCAGUGGCUCUGAUUUGUUUCCUUAAGAACCGCAGGAGUACCGGAAAUCCAGCAGAAAAAGCAGAAAGGCCUGUGCCAGGCCAUUUGUAUGAAAUGGUCUCAAUCAGCAGUGGGGGAAAGAAGGUGGAAGAAACAAUGAGAACUCCACAGUAAUCCAGGAACAAAGAACAAGCAUAUAAAGAGAGAAAACAAAGUUGUGGUCAUCUUCAACAAAAAUUAACCUCAAGUUGAGGAGAUAAAGCACAAUCUAUUGUGAAACAGUCUGGUUGUGGGGUGAAAUGGGCUGCCGGAAAACGUCCAGAAAAAUACAGAACCAGCUAUACAACCAAUUGCUGAAAAUUCACUCAGCAAUUACACAUACAGGCAAUUACAGAAAAAUUGCAGGCAAGCGUAGGAAAGUGAAAUCUGAGGAAAAUAAAGGAAAAAUAACAAUUCUACACCUAAUCCAGCACCUUGCAACAUCCUUGUAGAGCAACACAGAAGAGAGCUGAAAGAAAUCAAUAGGUCAGGCGGCAUCUAUCUUUGGAUGGGUUCGACCCAAAGUGCCAUCUGUCUGUUUUCUUCCACAGAUGCUGCCUAAACUGACGAGUUCCUCCAGUAUUUUGUGUAAGGCUUCAUUUUUCCAGAAUCCACAGCAAUCUGCAUUGUGCCUCCAACAUCCGUGUGAAUCUCUUCUGCACCCUUUCCUGUACAAUCAUAUGCCUCCCAUGGUGUGGUGACUCGAACCGAACACAGUUGUGGCCGAGCCAAUGUUCUACGUAGUUGUAGCAUAAAUUCUCUGCUUGUGUACUCUGUUCCUCAGCUAAUGAGAGUAAAACAUCCCACAGCCCUUCUUCACACCUUUUACUUCAGUACAGCACGGUAAUUGGUCACACGCGUGUAAAUGGGUCACAUGGCCUUGUAGGAUAGGUAGGAUCUAACCGUGCUGAAUCUAUAAAUGAAUAAAAGCAAAACACGCUUGCUGCCACUUUGACUGCAGAAAUUCUAUUCCCCAAUGUUAUGUGUGCCCCUGCCAUUCAUUAUUUAUACCAUUCCCUCAAUAACCCUCAGUCUAAUCACAACACACUAAUCGAUAUUAGAUUCUAAUGCUUUCCCUCCGUACUACCAUUCUGACAGCAGGCUGGUUGUUCUGUUCUGUGACUCUCAAUCAGUAUUAGUUUUUUAACAGUGGGACAAUCCUACAAUCCUGCCCCAGACUGUCUGAUAACCGAAAGCUUCUUUUCUCAAAGCAUGCCAUAAUCUUUUGUCUUCACUGUGGGAAAUACUCCAAUGAGGUGUGUGUGUUACUAUGUUUGUAUGUGUGUCUAAGACCAUAAGACCAUAAGACCAUAAGAUACAGGAGCAGAAGUAGGCCACUCAGCCCAUUAAGUCUGUUCUGCCAUUCAAUCAUGGGCUGAUCCAAUUCUUCCAGUCAUCCCCACUCCCCUGCCUUCUUCCUGUACCCUUGAUGCCCUGGCUAAUCAAGAACCUAUCUAUCUCUGCAUUAAAGGCACCCAAUGACUUGGCCUCCACAGCUGCUCGUGGCAACAAAUUCUGCAGAUUUACCACCCUCUGAGUAAAGUAAUUUCUCCACAUCUCUGCUUUAAAUGGAUGUCUUUCAAUUCUAAAGUCAUGCCCUCUUGUCCUAGACUCCCCGACCAUGGGAAAUAAGCUUGCCAUAUCUAAUCUGUUCAGGCCUUUUAACAUUUGGAAUGUUCCUAUAAGAUCCCAUUUCAUUCUCCUGAACUCCAGGGAAUAUAGCCCAAGAGCUGCCAGACAGUCCUCAUAAGGUAACCCUUUCAUUCCUGGAAUCAUUCUCAUGAGUCUUCUCUGAACCCUCUCCAAUGUCAGUAUAUCCUUUCUAAAAUAAGGAGCCCAAAACUGCAGACAAUACACUAAGUGAGGUCCCACAAGUGCCUUAUAGAGCCUCAACGUCACAUCCCUGCUCUUAUAUUCUACACCUCUAGAAAUGAAUGCCAACAUUGCAUUCACCUUCUUCACCACAGACUCAACCUGGAGGUUAACCUUUAGAGUAUCCUGUACAAGGACUCCCAAGUCCCUUUGCAUCUCUGCAUUUUGAAUUCUCUCCCCAUCUAAAUAAUAGUCUGCCCGUUUAUUUCUUCCACCAAAUUGUAUGACCAUACACUGUCCAACAUUUCAUUUGCCACUUCUUUGCCCAUUCCCCUAAACUAUCUGAGUCUCUCUGCAGACUCUCUGUUUCCUCAACACUAUCCGUCCUCCACCUAUCUUUGUAUCAUUGGCAAAUUUUGCCACAAAUCCAUUAAUCCCACAGUCCAAAUUAUUGACAUACAUAGUAAAAAGAAGCAGUCCUAACACCAACCCCUGUGGAACUCCACUGGUAACCAGCAGCCAGCCAGAUUAAGAUCCCUUUAUUCCCACUCUCUGUUUUCUGCCGACCAGCCAAUACUCCACCUGCUCCAGUAACUUCCCUGUAAUUCCAUGGUCCCUUAUCUUGCUAAGCAGCUGCACGUGCAGCACCUUGUCAAAGGCGUCCUGAAAUUCUAAGUACACCACAUCCACUGCAUCUCCUUUAUCUACCCUGCUUGCAAUUUCCUCAAAAAAUCCAGGUACUCCGUAAUCUCAUCCUUAACAAUCGAUUCCAACAACUUUCCAAUCACUGAUGUCAGGCUAACAGGUCUAUAGUUUCCUUUCUGUUGCCUCCCACCCUUCUUAAAUAGCGGAGUAUCAAUUGCAAAUUUCCAGUCACCCGGUACCACGCCAAAGUCUAUCGAUUCUUAAAAGAACAUUCUUACUGCCUCCAGAAUCUCUCCAGCUACUUCCUUCAGAACCCAAGGGUGCAUUCCAUCAGGCCCAGGAGAUUUAUCCAUCCUUAGACCAUUAAACUGCCUGAGCACCUUCUCAGUCGUAAUUUUCACAGUACAAACUUCACUUCCCUGACACUCUUGAAUGUCCGGUAUACUGCAGUUGUUUUCCACUGUGAAGACUGAUGCAAAAUACACAUUCAAUUAUAGAGAAGUACAGCACAGAAACAGGCCCUUCCCCCCAUCAAGUCCAUGCCAAAACCACUUAAGCCGCCUUCUCUCAUUGACCUGCAUCGGGAUCAUAGACCUCCAUACCCCUACCAUCCAGGUACCUGUCUAAACCUCUCUUAAACAUUGAAAUCAAGCUCACAUGCACCACAUUAAAUUUAAGAAUUUCAGAAAUUUUUGCCAGAUAUCAACUUAGAGGCUCCAAAGCUUUCAAAUAGCAAGUUUUGGAAAGUGGUUAAUUUAUUUUCAAAAACCAUUUUUCUAUAAUGUGUUUUGAAAAUCAAAGUAUUCAUUAAAUAGAAGUGUUUCUGGUAAUGAAUUAUAUCAGCUCUGCAAGUAAUUUAUUUUGAAUCAAUAAAUUGCAAAGGUUCAGGACUGAAGUAUUUACCAUUCAACAAGAGGGUAAACAGCAACAGAAUUUAUACUGCCCACUUAUAUAGGCUCGUACUCACUGUCCUCUGUCAUCUCUAUCAUCUCUGCAUCUCUCAUCACAAUAUCUCCAGCAUCAUUUUCUAUUGGUCCUAUAUCUACCCUCAGCUCUCUUUUACCCUUUAAAUAUUGUAAAAAAUCUUUUCGUAUCUUCUUUGAUACUAAUCGCCAACUUCCUUUCAUAAUUCAUCUUUUCCUUCCGAAUGACUUCCUUUGUUUCCUUCUGUAACUUUUUAAAAGUUUCCCAAUUCUCUAUCUUCUUACUAGUUUUGGCUUCAUUGUAUGUCCUGUCUUUUGUUUUUACUUUGGCUCUGAAUUCACUUGUCAGCCAUGGUAGUGUCCUUCUUUCAUUUGAAAAUUUCUUCUUAUUUGGAAUAUAUCUGUCUUACACUUCAUUCUUUUUUUUUGCUGAAACUCCAGCCAUUGCUGCUCUGUUAUCCUUCCUGCUAGUAUCCCUUUCCAGUCAACUUUGGCCUCUUCCCCUCUCAUGCCAUUGUAAUUUCCUUUAUUCCACUGAAAUACUGACACAUUGGAAUUCAGUUUAUCAUUCUCCAAUUUCAAGGUGAAAUUGAACAUAUUGUGAUCACUGUUCUCUAAGGGUUCCUUAACCUGAAGCUCUCUUAUCACCUCUGGAUCAUCACACAACACCCAAUCCAGCACAGUCAAUCCCCUAGUGGGCUCAACAACAAUCUGUUCUGAAAGGCCAUCCCUUAGACAUUCUACAAAUUGUCACUCUUGAGGCCUGGUUUUCCCAAUCCACUUUCAUGUGAAAUUCCCUAACGAUUAUCAUUUCAUUGCCCUUCUGACAUGCCUUUUCUAUCUCCGACUGUAAUUUGUAAUCCACAGCCCGGCUGCUGUUUGGAAGCCUGUAUACAACUGCCAUUAGGGUCCUUCUACCCUUACCAUUUCUUAACUCAACGCUGUCAGAACCAUGGAUUCAGCACUUCCGGCAAUUGAGCUCGUGAAUAUGCACAUGUCAGCUUAUUAUCAUUUCAUUGUGAUGGUAUAUAACUCCAUUCAUUCUGUCGUAGUAUUUGUCGAAACUUGGACACAGCAACGCUUCGUUAUCUGCAUUCCGCCUUGCCUGAGAAAUUGGACUGUCGAGUCAACUAACUCUGAAGACUAGGGGUAUUUGUUUAGUUUUCAGCCACAGUGUAGGCUUCAUUUUCCAUUUGAGUGCUUUAGUCAAUGGCCCUGUUUGGCCUAACGUUUAUUGUUUUAUUCUUCCUUUAAAAUUGUUUGCAUUAAAGUCUGUGAGCUAUCGACCUUCUUCAGUGUCUCUCACUCUGCACUUGGGCCAUUAUCCGAACUGGGUGACAAACCUAUAGAGACUCUAUACCCUCCAAUCCUAUGUCAUCUCUUUCUAAUGAUUUAAUAUUAUUUCUUAUACACAGGGCCACACCACCCCAUCUGCCUACUGACCUAUCUUUCUGAUACACCUUGUAUCCUUGGAUGUUCAGCUCCCAAUGGCAGCCAUCUAUAGCCAAGUUUCAGAGAUGGCCACAAUGUCAUACUUGCCAAUCUGUAGCUGAAUUUCAAGUUCGUCCAUUUUAUUUCUUAUGCAGUAAAGUAAGUAAAGGCAUCCGUUAGUCUUGCACGACCAUGGAUCUGCGCCUGGAAAGUUUUCACUCUCCAGGGCGCAGGCCUGGGCAAGGUUGUAUGGAAGACCAGCAGUUGCCCAUGCUGCAAGUCUCCCCUCUCCACAACACCGAUGUUGUCCAAGGGAAGGGCAUUAGGAUCCAUACAGCUUGGCACCAGUGUCGUCACAGAGCAAUGUGUGAUUAAGUGCCUUGCUCAAGGACACAACACGUUCCCUCAGCUGGGGCUCGAAUUCAUGACCUUCAGGUCACUAGUCCAAUGCCUUAACCACUUGGCCACAUGCCCACACUGUCUUAUGCAGUAUUCAUUCAAAUAUAACACUUUCAGUCCAGUAUUUGUUGCUUUCUGUUUUAACUGCAGCAUGCCUCUAUUGCCCUGGCUGUGAUUAAGCCUCAUCUCCUCCCUGUCCUUUCUAUCAUCUCUGUUACACGCUAUCUUUGAUUUGUUUCUGUUUUCCCCGUCCUCCGCGCUAUCACUCUGGUUCACAUCUCCCUGCAAAAUUCAUUUAAACCCUCCCUAACAGUUCUGUUAAAUGUACCUGCUAGGAUAUUGGACACCUUUGGGUUCAGGUGUAACCCAUCCUUUUUGUACAGGCCAUACCUCCCCCAGAAGAGGCCCCAAUGAGCCCUGCCACCUACACCAUUCUCUCAGCCACAUUCUGUGUUUGUGUAUUAAUUUGUCUCAUCAUACUGUUCUUGUGCUCGUUAACACAUGGCUCAGGCAGCAAUCCUGAGAUUACUACCCUUGGAGUCCCACUUUUCAGCUUUCUACCCAACUCUCUGAAUUCUCUCUUCUGGACCUCCUCUAUUUUUCUUCCUAUGUCAUUGGUACCAACGUGUACCAAGACUUCUAACUGUUCACCCUCUCCCUUCAGAAUACUCUGCACCUGAUCCGAGACAUCCUGUACCCUGGCACCUGGGAGGCAGCACACCAUGAGGGUAUCUCCAUCGAGCUGACAGAACCUGCUGCCUGUUCCCCUCACUAUGGAAUCCCCUAUGACUACCACAUUCCUCACCUUCUUCUCUCCCUUCUGCACCACGGAACCAGGCUCAGUGGUUGUCCUCUGUCAGGUCACCCCCUGCCCUGAAGAGCAUCCAAAAUGAGAUAAUGAUUAUUGAGGGGGUUGGCUACAGGGGUACUCUCUGCUAUCUGAUUUCUUCUCUUCCCUGACAGUCACUCUGUGUGUGUGUGUGUAUGUGUGUGUGUGUGUGUGUGUGUGUGUGUGUGUGUGUGUGUGUGUGUGUAUGUGUGUGUGUGCUUUUGUGUGUGUCUCAAAGGGGGUUUGUGUCUGUGUGUGGAUUUCUUUGACUGUGUGGGUGAGUGUGUGUUUCUGUGUAUGUGUAUGUAUGUACGACUUUAUGUUUCUCCCAGUGACGGUCAGUGUGUGUGUGUGUGUGUGUGUGUGUGUGUGUGUGAGACGGCGUGUACUCUGUAGUUGCACUCCUUACACAAACACAUUCAGUCACAAGCAUUACCUUGUCAUUCUGCUGUCGUUACAGUGGGCGUGCCUGCCUCACUGUCUUCCCUGAUGUAUUUUAAUACUCUGGUUCCUACACAAGCUGAUGUGUUCUAGAUGGUGUUAUGGUGCCUUUCCCACCAUACAUGGCAGAAUAUUCCAUUUCUUUAGUAAUCUGUUUGUGUAAAUGUGUGUAUAUAUUUGUGUACUGUAAUUAAGUUAGAUACUUAUGUUUAUUUUGUAAUGAAUUAUAACAUAGAAACAUAGAAACAUAGAAAAUAGGUGCAGGAGUAGGCCAUUCGGCCCUUCGAGCCUGCACCGCCAUUUAUUAUGAUCAUGGCUGAUCAUCCAACUCAGAACCCAGUCUUCCCUCCAUACCCCCUGACCCCUGUAGCCACAAGGGCCAUAUCUAACUUCCUUUUAAACAUAGCUAAUGAACUGGCCUCAACAGUUUGCUGUGGCAGAGAAUUCCACAGAUUCACCACUCUCUGUGUGAAGAAGUUUUUCCUAACCUCGGUCCUAAAAGGCUUCCCCUCUAUCCUCAAACUGUGACCCCUCGUUCUAGACCUCCCCAACAUCGGGAACAAUCUUCCCGCAUCUAGCCUGUCCAAUCCCUUCAGGAUCUUAUACGUUUCAAUCAGAUCCCCCCUCAAUCUUCUAAAUUCCAACGAGUACAAGCCCAGUUCAUCCAGUCUUUCUUCAUAUGAAAGACCUGCCAUCCCAGGAAUCAAUCUGGUGAACCUUCUUUGUACUCCCUCUAUGGCAAAGAUGUCUUUCCUCAGAUUAGGGGACCAAAACUGCACACAAUACUCCAGGUGUGGUCUCACCAAGGCCUUGUACAACUGCAGUAGUACCUCCCUGCUCCUGUACUCGAAUCCUCUCGCUAUAAAUGCCAGCAUACCGUUCGCCUUUUUCACCGCCUGCUGUACCUGCAUGCCCACUUUCAAUGACUGGUGUAUAAUGACA